AAAGAGGAGGAGGAGGAGAAGGGAGGUGGAGGAGGCCGCCGCCACUCGGGACAGCGGGAGGAGGAGGGGGGCCCGCCCGCGAGGAGAGGCCCAGGCAGGGAGGAGGAGGACCCUGAGGCUAUACUGGGAUCAGCACCCCUUCCUGUAAAUUUUGUGCAUACCUGUAGUGGUUGCAGCUAGCUGCAUCUCAAAUAGCAGCAAUGGCCACUGGCAGCACUAACAGUGAAGAGGAGCGCAGCCUCCGUGAAUGUGAACACUAUGUCCAAAAACACAAUAUCCAACAACUCCUGAAGGAUUGCAUCGUCCAGCUAUGUACAGUGCGACCUGAGAGACCCAUGGCAUUCCUCCGGGAAUAUUUUGAAAGACUGGAGAAGGAAGAAACAAAACAGAUCAUGUGCCAGCAGAAAGCCAGCUCCCGUGCAGACUCGCGUGAAGAUGAGAUUUCUCCCCCUCCACCCAUGAAUCCGGUGGUAAAGGGCCGCAGAAGGCGUGGUGCCAUCAGUGCAGAGGUUUACACAGAAGAGGAUGCUGCCUCUUAUGUCAGAAAGGUUAUUCCAAAAGAUUACAAGACUAUGGCUGCUUUGGCAAAAGCCAUAGAGAAGAAUGUGCUUUUUGCUCAUCUUGAUGACAAUGAAAGAAGUGAUAUUUUUGAUGCCAUGUUCCCUGUCACCUAUAUUGCUGGCGAGACUGUGAUACAGCAAGGUGAUGAAGGGGAUAACUUCUAUGUGGUUGAUCAAGGAGAAAUGGAUGUAUAUGUUAACAAUGAAUGGGCCACCAGUGUUGGAGAAGGGGGCAGCUUUGGUGAACUCGCACUGAUCUAUGGAACACCCCGAGCAGCAACUGUCAAAGCAAAAACUAAUGUGAAACUGUGGGGCAUUGAUAGAGACAGCUAUAGAAGAAUCCUUAUGGGUAGCACAUUGAGAAAGAGAAAGAUGUAUGAAGAAUUUCUUAGUAAAGUGUCAAUACUGGAAUCCCUUGACAAAUGGGAGCGUCUCACAGUAGCUGAUGCUUUAGAGCCAGUACAAUUUGAGGAUGGACAAAAGAUUGUGGUGCAGGGAGAACCAGGAGACGAGUUCUUCAUUAUUUUGGAGGGUACAGCUGCUGUGUUACAGCGCAGGUCAGAGCAUGAAGAAUUUGUUGAAGUGGGCAGGCUUGCACCAUCUGAUUAUUUUGGUGAAAUAGCCCUGUUGAUGAACCGUCCUCGUGCUGCCACGGUUGUUGCUCGUGGCCCAUUGAAAUGUGUAAAGCUCGACCGGCCCCGAUUUGAGCGUGUCUUGGGUCCAUGCUCAGAUAUUCUCAAGCGGAACAUCCAGCAGUACAACAGCUUUGUGUCUCUGUCUGUCUGAAGUCUCCCUUCUUCUUCAAAUACAUGCUUCACAAAUGCAGACUGCUUCAUUACUCUUGUGCAGAGCCACAUGGCCACUGGCUAUUGCAGCUUCCUGUCUGUCUGAGGGAGGGGAAAAGAAAACAAAAAAAAAGAAAGAAAUCAGUUGCUUUUCAUGGCACCAUUUUAAAUUUUAGAGCAUUUAUUUUGGUGCUCCCAAUACAAUUUAAAAUAAAUAGAAAAUUAUAUGGAGUCUUUUUGCUGUUACUGCUUUUCUCUGUGCAAUGUACAGUGUCCAACUCGGGCAGUGACUGCCAUUCCUUUCGCUGGGAAAAUUUCCUAGUACCAAGGUUAUUGCCAUAGAGUUAAGGAUGUAACAGUGGAAAAUUAUUAAGAGGCACACAUUUCUCAACUGGUGAGUUCCUACAUUUAUUUCAGGGCGUGGUCACUUUCUGCUGUAAGUACUUCUCUUAGCAGAGGAACUUACCCUCUAAGCUCAACUUCUUGGCAUAAAUGUUCUGGAUAUGGUUAUCUUUGGUUUGGUUUACUGAGAUCAGCUCCUUAGUAAAACCACAGUUAGAAGUUUGAUAGUUUGAUGCAUCAGUAUCCAUUUCAGUUGGUUCACGACGGGCUUGGUUAUCGUUUGUCAGGUUUUUGUGUACAAGCUUUUGUUCUGGCACCUGCUGCCAGUGUUGCUGAUAUUCUUGCCACAGUUACCCUUCCCCUUUGCCUGUUCUCAGUUGUGAAUAUUCAUAUUUGCCCCUUCUAUUUUUCCCCCUGUGCAAUUUCUCAAUACCCAUCCAAUGGAUUAGACACCUAUAUAUUGGUGGUGGUGUUGGCAAAAUAAUUGCACUGCUCCUUAGCUAGUGCCAAAUAGUAUACCCCACAUGCAGUGUAUGUAGACCAGGAAACUGAAGGGUGCAUCCUGUGCGUUCAGUCUUCUGUCUGACCCUUUCAAGCUUUGCCUUCCCUGUUAACUUCAGCACCAGAUAUUGAAUGGUUCUGUUGGCAUUCAGUGCAGGACCGGACUACACACUCCUUGUUAGAUGACAAGAAUCUGGCUCAUGUGGAAGACUGGAAACAGAAAAACAGUGUCCUGUAAACUCUUGUUGCUGAAUCUCUUUUGUCCAAUCAGAAGUUUUAGUAACUUCUAACCUUUCUCAGAUAUUCAGUCUGAGCAGAUGUUCAGUCUCGAGUCUUGUUCUCUUUGGUUUGUCCCAGAUUCUCAUACCGAUCUGACAGAAUAGCUUUUGGGAAAGUUGACCCUGUUGUCAAGUCUGAAAUGUGUUUCAGUAUUUACCAGGUUUGUGUUACAAUAUUUUGUGUGCACCCUGUGCUGCCUACUAUAUGGAAUGUUGCAGGUGGAUAAGGUAGGCAAUUUGGUUUCCUUAUAACAUGUAAAUUAUCUAAAACUAGUCUAGGGUUUUAUUUGGGAGUGACAGCAAGUUUUUUGCAUUAGUUGUGCAACUAUUUCUUACCAGUCCAGCUCCCUGCCAUUCCCUCCUUACUUUCCCCCCAGAAACUGGACCUGGUGUGUACCAUUCUGACUUGUUGGCUGCUGGAAAGAAUGCUUAAUUAAAUACGAUUAGCAAUGUCUGGGGAAUAGGAGCCUUAGUAUAUAUAUAUAAAAGGGGGAGGGGGUAUUGACAUGUCCUCAUUUCUAGAUGCAUAUAAAAUGUAAAAUCUACAUUGUGAAUUCUUUCUGUCCGUGCUGAAGACUUUGAUGAGGAUAUGCCUUUGGGAAUUUCCACCUGUGUUCUCUUCGGAAGUCCAUUAAUGCUAUUUUCCUCCAAAACUUCAUUCAGUUUGAAUCUAUCCAGGGAUUGCUCCCCCCCCCCCCCGAAUACCUUUCUUACUUUUGAAGCUUGAUUUGAUCCUUGUUAAAGCACCAAAAAGAUUUUAAAUCUUAUGUAAGCUAGUUAGAGCGCCACAAAAAUGCACAUUUUUUUAUAUAAGGCUUUCUAAUCAAGUUUCACUACUGCGUCUUUUUAGCUUGCUGUUUACUCCCUUUUGUAGUUUUACCAACAAGAUUUUAAGAUGAACCAGCUACGUCUGAGUUAAAUAUUAAUCACAGUUAAAGCUUUACCUUUGUGUGCAAUUUAAACAUGUUUGAAUCCACAGUUGGUAUAGUUUGCCUUAGCUAACAUUCAGGGCUUUAGAGGUAAUCUUUUUUGCUAGGACACCUUAGCAAAUAAAAAAAUUUAAAAAAUCUACUGCCCUAGAGUGCUAUAGUCAACCAGAGGACCAUUUUUGUAUCGUUACCUGACUAUAAGUCUGACUUACUGUAUGUGCUAAUAUAUUCCUUUUGUUAUAGAUUGUCCUAAUGGCAGGUAAAGCAAUAAAAUGAUUUAAAUUCUUAAA